GCUGCGGCAAAUUUCACUUGUCUUUCAUGUUUGUGUUUUUGUGUGAGCACUUUAGCUAUCUCUAGCCCAUGAGGCACACAAUAAAUAAAUGAAUACAAUGAAAUAAAGGUGCGCUUUGCCUUUAAAUCAUGACACCUCCCAAUCGUGGCUCAAACGCAGGCUGCCAUGAGUUUGCUCUUAAACCAAUCGCGAGUGUCCCGCGACCAACUGGAGUAGAGUGUCAGAGAUACUGCGCUGCUCACACAAAAGCAGGAAGAGGAGUUCUAAGGAGCUCAGUCAACAUUGUCCGCUGUACAGCCAGGUGUUGCAACGGCGGAGGAUUUCCAAACCGGGACAUGGAUUAUUGGCGACACUUUGGAUCGCGUUGAGGCGGACGCGUGAAGAGCAGGUGGCUGGCGUUUGUGCGCUCCGCUCCUUUCACCUUUAUGGGGAACCAGGUGGAGAAACUAACUCAUUUGAAUUAUGUGGAGGUGCCCACGUCGGACCCCAACGGCUUGGAGCCAGACGCGGACGACGGACCGCGCAUCGGUGUGUCUUACAUUUUCUCCAACGACGGCGGCGGCGGCGGCGGAGACGACGACGACGACGAGGAAGAAGAUAAUUCGGACCCCUUCCCACCGCAAAAUCCCCUCGCCAAGCACGAAGAGAAGCCUUUCGCACCCGAAGACGAGCUGGAGUGUUCGGUUUACUUCCGAGAGGAGUGCAUGUUCGAGCGGAGCUCCGGAGCCUCCACCCACUCGGCGGAGAGUCUGCUCAACAAGUGCAGACCCGGAGACUUGCUGGAGUUUGUGGCCACCGGACAAUACCCGCACUGGGCCGUGUACGUGGGUGACUUCCAGGUGGUCCACUUGCAUCGGGCGGAGAUCAAGAACGGCUUCCUCACCGACGUGAGUCAGGGCAAGAGGGGCCGCAUCGUGAACGGUCUCUACCGUUACCGGCCGCUCCAGCAGCAGGUGAUCGUCCGUAAUGCCGUGGAUCACGUGGGCUCCAGGGACCGAGAACUCUACUGGAGGAACUCUGAGUGCUUUGCGGCCUGGUGCCGCUUUGGUCGGCGAGAGUUUAAAAUCGGAGGAGAGAUCAGGAUCGGAAAACAGCCUUACCGCUUAAAUUUACAAUUUUCCGACAAGAAGAGCCACGUCCUGGAGUUCCAGAGCCUGGAGGACGUUAUCAUGGAGCGGAGGAGGAAUGACCAGAUCGGGAAGGAUGCUGUUAUGCAAGAACUGGCCAAUCACCUGAACGCAGAACAGGAUAUUCAAGAGGGCUCUUUAGGCAAUUGAAGCAGUGUUUAAUGAAGGACUGAAUACUCUCAAUUAGCACAUUUAUUUUGGUUUGAACACAAGUGUGCUACCAGGUGGAGGGACACUUGUUUACUUUCAAAUCCUCACAUAUAAAGGCACAAAAUGGGCAUCAAUCUAUGAUGUAUGUGACCUUAUGGGGUGCAGCUGCACCUGCAAAAAAGCCAGCAUUUAAUAGUACACAGUCUUAUUUUUUUCUUUAUAGCCAAUCACAUACCAGCUGCAGGAAAAAAAAAACAACUAUAACAAAAAUUAUUUUGUCAACUUGUGCCAUAAAAUUUCUUUAGUAGAUUUUUUUGGAACUUAAAAACUAAAAAAUACAAACGUUCCAAACAUGAACAAAAUAGGGGUGGUGGUGGUGGUGGGGGGAGGGCAUACAAGGUCCAGUGUUGAUCUAUGUGAUAAAGAAAAUAACACUUGAGACAGAGGGUCAGUUUUGUUGACUAUGAUGACCCCCCCCCCUUUGUUUGCCACUGUUUUCCCAAAUAAUUUUGUCGCCAUAUUUGUGCACCAGAAGAUGAUUUACAAUAUCAGUUGAAGAGGUUAAUAAAAAAAAAAUAAUAGAGAACAAAGUGCUCCUUUAUGUAUUUGCAACUUUGUGGGUUGAGUUUGCAAAGUUGUGACUGCACUUGGUUUUCUUUCCCUGUCAUUAUCAACAUGCUUUAUCCAACAAUUGCACAGCUUUAAGUACUUUUUGGAUACUUUGUCAACACCAUUUGAAGUUGUUAUCCAGCACUUUUUGAUUCAUUUUUUUUUUGGGGGGGGGGGAAUAAAAAUGUUUGUAUGAAGGAAUCUGGAAAUAAAUAUUUAACC